UCCUUUGUCGGAGAUCACAUUCCUGCCCCUGAGGCUCCGAGGGUUUUGGAAGGAAGGACGCCCGCACCAUCAGUCCUUACAGCCCGGAGGCCACGUGACACCCAGGCUCUGUGGCCCAAGCCUUCCGGGUGUUGUUCUGCGCUCUGGCACGUGCUGCUUGAACUCUGCACAGGAGGGAAGCUGGUUUGGAGAAAACUGUUAGGUCAGCGCUCCUCCCCUCUGGACACUGUCCUUUUCCUCCUUCUGGAUGCGUGGCCAACUUCAUCUCUACACUGGACGCGUUCAACCUUUUCCAUCUCAUGGCACCCAUAAACUUCUAAAAUUCUGCAAGCACGCCAAAAAUGUAUUUUAUGUCCAUCUGACAGGAAAAAAUAGAUGAGGAAACAGUCCUAGAGACUUUAAGUGACUUUCCCCAAGGCCAAACGACUAUUAAUAAAAGGCAGGUCAGCUGGAAUUCAAACCAAGGUCCCACUCCGAAGCCCGUGCUCUCAAACAACACUUGACAUUGCCUCAAUGACCAAAGACGGCGUGGUGAAUGCAUGGUCGGUGGUACAAUGGAAACCGGAGGGCCACCAAGUCCAGGGCUCAUGCUGCCGGUCACCACUCAGCCGAAAAGCAGAGACAGGGACCGGGCUGCAAUCGCGCUUUUAUUACUGUCAGAGGCCGGCAGUCUGAGAAGGUGGUGAUGUCUUUUGGCCUGGAGCGGGGCCUACCAUCCAGAACUGUGUCUGGUGGCCUUUGUUGUCUGGAAUAGCUUGCCCAAGUUCACAUGGCUGAUGAAUGGACAACCAGAGACUACCAUGCCAGCUUUCCUACCAGCUGCUAGCGGUCGCUUCCUCGUUCCCUGUUUGGGAGUGCAGAGGAAAGAGACUCAUCGCUGUUCACUGAUGGGGCCUGGUCCCCGCUUCUCAGCAGAACUGAAAUCCACCAUGGGAGACGAAGACUGGGAAGCCGAAAUCAUCACACCCCACCUGUCUUCCUAUGUUCCCGUAUUUGAGAAGGACAGGUGUUCUUCUGGAGCAAACGGGGACACUUUCCACAGGAGCCCAGUCUCGUCAUCAGACUUGGACGCGGGACCUUCUCAGAGAGACCAUUUCAUGACGAGGGGAUUCGCCUCUGGGCGGAGUUGGGGAAACAGAGAUGCCAGCGAGUGCAGUAAAAGGGAGGCGCCCUCUGCAGCAGGCGGCUUUGGAGUUGGCAAGGGCUUUGGGAGCAGAGGUUUCUCAGGUAACAGGCUGGAAGAGGGCGACAGCUGUGGCUUCUGGAGAGAGCCCAGCAGCGACGGCGAAGGCAGCCAGCCGCGGAGCAGAGGGUUCCCCAGGAGAGGAGGCUAUCAAGACGGGAACGAUCCGGAAGCGUCGGGCUCAUCCAGGAGAGGCGGAAGAGGGGGCUUCCGCGGCUGCCGAGCGGGAUUCGGUCCAGGAAGUCUAAACAGUGAGUACGAUCGGGACGAGGGGACACAGCGCGCAGGCGGCCUUUUUGGAUCCAGGCGACCAGCGUUGAGCGGCGCAGGCAAUGGCGACGUUUUCCCAAACCGGGGUGGAGGCGGACGAGGUGGUUACAAAGGUUUAAAUGAGGAAGUGGUAACAAGCUCUGGAAAGAGUUCUUGGAAAUCAGCAGCGGAAGGAGCAGAGAGUGUCGACACCCCAGGCCCCAAGGUGACCUACAUCCCCCCGCCGCCACCCGAGGACGAGGGCUCCAUCUUCGCGCACUACCAGACGGGCAUCAACUUCGACAAGUACGACAGCAUCCUGGUGGAGGUUUCCGGGCACAACGCGCCCCCGGCGAUCUUGACGUUCGAAGAAGCUGACCUCUGUCAGACGCUGAGCAACAACAUCGCCAAAGCCGGCUACACCAAGCUGACGCCUGUGCAGAAGUACAGCAUCCCCAUCAUCCUCGCCGGGCGGGACCUGAUGGCCUGCGCUCAGACGGGGUCCGGGAAAACCGCAGCCUUUCUCUUGCCCAUCCUGGCCCACAUGAUGCGUGACGGCGUGACCGCCAGCCGCUUCCGGGACCUGCAGGAGCCCCAGUGCCUGGUCGUGGCCCCCACCCGGGAGCUAGUCAACCAGAUCUUCCUCGAGGCCCGGAAGUUCUCCUUCGGGACCUGCGUGAGAGCCGUGGUCAUAUACGGGGGGACCCAGUUCGGGCACUCGGUCCGGCAGAUCGUCCAGGGCUGCAACGUGUUGUGCGCCACGCCGGGGCGGCUGAUGGACGUCAUCAGCAAAGAGAAGAUCGGCCUUAGACAAGUCAGGUACUUAGUGUUGGACGAAGCCGACCGCAUGCUGGACAUGGGCUUUGGGCCCGAGAUGAAGAAACUGAUUUCCUGCCCGGGGAUGCCGCCGAAGGAGCAGCGCCAGACCCUCAUGUUCAGCGCCACCUUCCCGGAGGAGAUUCAGAGGUUGGCCGGGGAGUUUCUGAAGUCGAACUACCUGUUCGUCGCUGUUGGACAAGUGGGCGGAGCCUGUACAGACGUGCGGCAGACCGUCCUGCAGGUGGGCCAGUACGCGAAGAGGGAGAAGCUCGUGGAAGUCCUGCGCAGCACAGGUGAUGAAAGAACUAUGGUCUUUGUCGAAACUAAGAAAAAGGCAGAUUUUAUCGCCACUUUUCUUUGUCAAGAAAAAAUACCCACAACAAGUAUUCACGGGGACCGUGAGCAGAGAGAGCGCGAGCAGGCCCUCGGAGACUUCCGCUGCGGGAAGUGCCCGGUUCUGGUGGCCACCUCAGUGGCUGCCCGGGGACUGGACAUCGAGAACGUCCAACACGUCAUCAACUUCGACCUGCCAUCAGCCAUCGACGAGUACGUGCACCGCAUUGGGCGCACCGGCCGCUGCGGCAACACCGGCAGGGCGCUCUCCUUCUUCGAUCCGGAGGCGGACCGGCUCCUGGCACAGCCGCUGGUGAAAGUGCUGUCCGACGCUCAGCAGGACGUCCCCGCGUGGCUGGAGGAGAUCGCCUACAGCACCUGCCUGCCUGGCUUCAGUGGGAGCCCCCGAGGAAGCGUGUUCACGUCCGUGGACACCAGAAAGAGUUACCAGGGCAGGGGCGCCCUGAGCGCGGCGGGGUUCUCGCCCCCCCAGGCCCCCGCCCCCGCGGAGGAGGAGUCCUGGGACUGAUGCUGACGCCGCCCCGCGCUGCAGCUUCGAGGGCGGAAGAGGCGGCUUUGACCCUGAGUUUUCAACGGCGGCCAGCAUGCAGCCGGGCCGCGCGUCUCCUGCCUCUGUUCUCACUCCCACCCGUGCAAACCCCCACUGACCAGCUGUGUGAAGUGCUGACAGUUACAGCCUUGCGAUCCCCGUGCAAACGGUGUUGACUGGCUGAUUAAAACCUUCG